AUGAUCGGAGAGCACUAUUACUGGCUCCGGCGGGCAGUGUCGGUGCUAGUUGGCGCUGGUGCUGCUUCUCUUGCUGGUGGCGAGUGGAGCGCCGGUGCUGUGAUAUCCUGCGCUUUACCCAGCCCACCUUCCAAUGGUUUAAUUGUUAGCAGUUCUACUUCUCCUAAUGGUGUGACCGUCUUUGCCUGCAAUAAAGGUUAUAAACUGAUGGGCAGCAGUGUCACUGUAUGUUUAACGAAUGGAAAUUUAUCAAACCCAGCGCCAACAUGUGCAAGAGUCUCUUGUUCACUUUUGACACAUCCAAGAAAUGGUUCGGUCUCCCCAGGAGAUGACAACUUCGAAACGAUUAGAAACUACACUUGUAACGACGGAUUCAAAUUGGUUGGUUUUGCUAUAACUACAUGUCUCUUUAAUGGAAUUUGGUCUUCACCUCAACCAACUUGCCAACUCAUCACAUGUCCAGCUACUCCGUUGAUUGCUAAUGGUUACUUCAACACCGCGCCUUCUAGUUUUACGAUUGGAGGCACAGCAAACACAAUAUGCCUUCCAGGAUAUCAGCGAACAGGAGCAGCAGUAAUCACCUGUGACAGUAGUGGACAAUGGCCUACCCGUGAUUCUCUUCCAUCAUGCAAAUUGAUAUCCUGCGCUUUACCCAGCCCACCUUCCAAUGGUUCAAUUGUUAGCAGCUCUACUUCUCCUAAUGGUGUGACCAUCUUUGCCUGCAACAAAGGCUAUAUACUGACGGGCAGCAGUGUCGCUGUAUGUUUGACGAAUGGAAAUUUAUCAAACCCAGCGCCGACAUGUGCAAGAGUUUCUUGUUCAUUUUUGGCACAUCCACAAAAUGGUUCAGUCUCACCCGGAGAUAACAACUUCGAAGCAAUGCGAAACUUUACUUGUAACGAAGGAUUCAAAUUGGUUGGUUUUGCCACAAUUACAUGUCUUCUGCAAGGAGUUUGGUCUGCACCUCAGCCAACUUGCCAACGAGUCACUUGCUCAUUUUUGACGCAUCCACAAAAUGGUUCAGUCUCGCCUGGAGAUAACAACUUCGAAGCAAUUCGAAACUUUACUUGUAAUGAAGGAUUCGAAUUGGUUGGUUUUGCCACAAUUACAUGUCUUCUGCAAGGAGUUUGGUCUGCUUCUCAGCCAAUUUGCCAACGAGUCUCUUGUCCGCUUUUGACACAUGAUCAAAAUGGUUCCGUCUCGCCCGGACAUAACAGUUUCAAAGCAAUUAGAAACUACACUUGUGAUGAAGGAUUCAAAUUGGUUGGUUUUGCCACAAUUACGUGUCUUCUGCAAGGAGUUUGGUCUGCACCUCAGCCAACUUGCCAACGAGUCUCUUGUUCAUUUUUGACACAUCCAAGAAAUGGUUCAGUCUCGCCUGGAGAUAACGGAUUCGAAGCAAUCCGAAACUUCACUUGUAAUGAAGGAUUCAACUUGGUUGGUGUCGCCACUAUAACAUGUCUUCUGCAAGGAGUUUGGUCUGCACCUCAGCCAACUUGCCAACCUAUAGAAACAUGCCCAGCCCUGCGGUUUGAGAACGGAAUUACUCCCACAACCAUCACUAGAGCUGGACAUGUUGUGAAAGUUGAAUGCAAUGUUGGAUACCAAAUCAACGGUAGUAGCUCCAUUAUCUGUCUCUCGAAUGGACAAUGGUCAGGGACUCCACAUUGCACUGGUAUUCCAACGGCUGCUGCCUUGACGGAAACUACCUGGCUUGGACAAUCAAGCAGUAGGGCCAUGAUUAUAGUGGUUUCAGUGCUCAGUUUGCUUCUGCUAUCGAUGCUCAUUGCCUGGGGACUAAGUUCAUCAAAUCCUAAGAAUGUACCCACCACCUGCACUGCUCAUCGGCCCAACGAAGGCGCCCAUCGAUACGAAAAUCAAUUUAAUGUGGCAAACUCCUCUCUCUCCCUGAUGACUGACACAACAAGUGUUGAAGACACCUGGAACAAUGGACCAACUAAUAGGACAUACGGGGAAGUAAUGCGAUUCCAAAAUGAAUAUAAGGUGGCCAACUCCUCUCUCUCUCCGAUCAUUGACACAAAAAAUGUUGCAGAUUGUGAAGACACCUACGACAAUGACCAACCUGAUUGGACGUACGCAUUGGAAGUACCGCAAUACCAAAAUAAAUUUAGGAACCGCUCUGUCUCCCUGACUACUGACACAAACAGCAUUGCGGAUAGUGAAGACACCUACGACAAUGACCAACCUAGUAGGACGUACGAGACGAAAGUAGAGCAUAGAAGGAUGGAUUCCUCAGAUGUUGCAGAAUGGAGCGAGACACCGACAAUGUUUUAUGCUGAGAUGUGCGCUGACCGGGAAGGAAAGGAGGUCGAGAAGCAGGUAUCAUCCCAUAGACUGGGCGAUGCUUUCUCGGAAUUGGGUGCAGACAAGUCUUGUGUUGUUUCUCCUGCGAUCAAUUACAGAGAUAUUUAUCAGGCACUUGUUUGAGGAAUCUGACGAUUUUACACGUGCAUGACAUCAUUAAUUUGAGGAUACAUGUACAUGUACCAGUAAAGCCAUUUAUGAGAUGAACCCUGUUUUGUGGUAACAUGUGCCAGUAUGUAGUGUUAGCUGUAGUCCGCUCCUAUCCUGUGAUG